CUUUUCAAUUCUUCAAGUACCCAAGGUUAUAUGACACCGAAUCCAAAUGGCAGGAGAUCCUUCCACCUCGCCAAAUACUAUGCGAGCCUGGCUUUGGACCAGCACUGCAGGAGGGCUAGAGAAGAAUCUACAAUUAUCCGAAUCUGCAACUCGACCCGGCCACCAGCUAGGAAAACGCGAAGUACUAGUCCAAGUCAUUUCCAUGUCACUGAACCCUGCGGACUACAGAGUGCCCGAGAUAGGACUUCUCGCCAAGCUCAUCAUAUCGACGCCCUCAUCACCUGGCAUUGACUUCUCUGGCCGGGUCGUUGAUGUUGGAUCUUCAGUGGAAGGAUUCAUGCCGGGAAGCCUCGUGUUUGGUUGUCUUGGUCGUCCAACGCAAUUUGGACCCCUUGCAGAGUAUUUGGUCUGUUCUUCACAGGCGAUUGCUUUGCUUCCAGAAGGCGUUGAUCUGGAUCAUGCUGCCUGUAUUGGAGUCGCUGGCCAGACCGCAUUACAAGUCAUUAAGCUACCAUCCGAAGCAGGCGAUCGAAUCUUCAUCAACGGUGGCUCUGGCGGAUGUGGCUUGUUCUGCAUUCAGAUUGCAAAACUACUGGGAUGGAACGUCACUGUUACUUGUUCCACCCGCAACAUUUCUCUCUGCAAAGAGCUGGGUGCGGACGAGGUGAUCGACUAUACUGCAAUGGACACUGUUGAAGCUCUCAAGGAGAAAGGCGCAGUUUUUGGCUCGCUGAUAGACAAUGUUGGGACACCUGAGAAUCUCUACCGAGAGUGUCAUCAUUUCUUGCGUCAGGGUGGGUCAUAUUCGCAGGUCAACAUAGAAUCAAUCGUCGGUGCACUUUACCGACUAUUACGACCGAGCUUUCUUGGUGGUGGAAAGCGGAAGAUAGGGUUUCCUGUUCUCGCAAGUCAACAUAGUUCGCUGGUUCAGCUGGGAAAGUGGAUGCAGGAGGACAAAAUAAAAGCAGUGAUAGAUAGCAUGUUUGAGUUUGAGGAAGCAGUGAAAGCGUACGAGAAGCUCAAAACGCAUAGGGCACGUGGAAAGAUCAUUGUUCAUGUAUCGAAGAAACCAUGAAACUAUGAAAUUGCAAAUGAGUUCGGGAUCUCAUUCAACAGCAAC